AUGGCCCUUCACCCCACCUACCUCAGCUGCUUCCUGCGUACCCAGCAUGCUUUGCUGGAGCUGGAUGGCCCGCUGCCCCGCCCCUGGAGGCACUACAUCGUUGUCAUGGAGUUGGUGUGUCCCGGGGCGGACGCUCGUUGGUCAUUGGCUGAGCUGAUCCACGCAGUUGUUCUGAUGACUCACUCUCAUUCGCUGUCCUCCUUUGUUUGGGGGUGUGGCCUACACCCUGAGCCCGACCACGAAGGAGACCACGCCUUCUGCCCGCCAUCACCAUCCAAUAACAUGCCACAAAGCCCUCACAGUCCCGCCCCCGAGGACGGCAAGCCAGAGGAUGGAGUCACGGAGGUGGAGGUAUUGAUGAAGAGGAUGGUGGAGUUACAACAGCAGGAGGAGGAGUGUAGUCAGGAAGAGAUGAUCACUCGCUUUGAGAGGGAGAGGAGCGAGAGCAUACCUACUGGUACACACACACCUCCACUGCACAUUUACACACACGCUGUCUCGCUCUCCCCCUCUGACUUGAUGUUGAGGUUGGUGGAGGAUCCAGAGUUCAUCUAUGAAGACUUCUCCAUCCGAGGAGAACAGUCACCUCCUACCAUGAGAGCACAGGACUACUCAUGGGAAGACCAUGGAUUCUCCCUAGUGAACAGACUGUUACCAGACAUGGGCCAAUUACUGGAGGAGAAGUUCCAGGUUGUGUGUGGUCUAACCUACAACAGGAUGGCGAUGCACAAGGAUGUGGACACACACACACUCCGCAAGGCUCUCUGGAACUACAUACACUGCCUCUACGGAAUACGGUACGAUGACUACGACUACGGAGAGGUGAAUGUGUUGUUGGAGCGAGGCCUCAAGAUGUUUGUGAAAACGGUAGCGUGUCAUCCAGAACAGACUACAGAUAGGAUCUACUCUGCCUACUGGAAACUCUUCAGACACUCUGAGAAGGUCCAUGUCAACCUGCUGCUGAUGGAGGCUCGACUACAGGCUGCUCUACUAUACACACUACGGGCUGUCACACGCUACAUGACAUGA